GCCAUUUUCCAAUCCUCUAUCAUUGAUGUAGGAGUUGAAUUUUUCGUCGAAUAUGAAAAAAUUGAUUUCUCAUAAAAUAUGAAAAAAUUUUUGUUCUAAAAUGGUGCUGUUCUUCAGGGAGAUGUGAUUGGGUUUGAAGGAAGUGCGUUUUUUCUUAGAAAGAGUGUAAUUGGGCGUCUAGCGAAGCCUUAUCCUGGAAGCUCAAUAUAACCUCAAAAUUGCUGAGCAACAAUAAGAAAAAAAAUACUAUUUUGUGAUUGAGUGAAUUGCGGACUGUAUUGGCCUUACUACGAUAAACAGUGAACGAUAACCAAUGGUCAGCGAACAUUGCUUUGAGAAGUGGCUUGGGAGCUAGAGAUCAGAGUAGAACAGAACGCAGUAAUGAAUCCUGGUGGUAGCAGUAGCAGCAGCUUUGUGGGGCUGAACAACGGCGAGUCGGGUAUUCUGCGCAAAACCAACGCACUGGGGCACCACCAUCAUCAUCACCACUAUGGGCAGGACAGUACUGCCGAUUUGCUGGUGUUCGGUUACUCAUGCAAGGUCUUCCGGGACGACGAGAAGGCUCGCUUCAUCGACCAGGGCCGUCAUCUGAUCCCGUGGAUGGGCGACAAUCAGUUGAAGAUAGACAGAUACGAUGCCCGCGGAGCAUUACAUGACCUAUCGCAGCACGAACCACCUAUCGGGGGCUACGGGAACCGGUUGGAUUGUCUGUCACCGGCCGAACAACGGGCGGAGCAGUUGUGCGAGGAGGAACGCUACUACAGUCUCUACGCUAACGAGGUCGAGGAGGAGAUUUAUCUGGAGGAGGCAGCGAAACGGCAGUCUGCCGAUGGCGCCGAAAUCCCCUUCAAUUAUGACAGUUCCAGCGUUGCUACGAACGCGACCGUUGUUGGUCCGGAACCGUCAGACGCGACGGUGUCGUCGGUAGCAGACGAUGAGAACAGCACAGAUCCACCCUUCGUUGCGCUGGCUAAUUUCGACAUUCCGUCCGACCUCGACCUGCCGGAUACGAUGAAAGAGCAUGCCAUCAUCGAGAAGACCGCAAAGUUUAUUGCCUCUCAGGACUCUCAGAUGGAGAUUCUGCUGCGCGCUAAGCAGGCUGCCAAUCCGCAGUUUGAUUUCCUGGGACCAGGCGGGCGGUUGUAUCGGUACUAUCGGCACGUACUGAUGGCUAUCAAGACCAACCAGUACCCGGAGGAUGUUCCAGCGGAAGAAGAAUCGAACGCAGCUGAUGUGGAGCAAGCAGAUGAUUCUCUCCCAGAAUCCACAGAGAAAACUCCCGAAAAGGCAAAAGUAAUCGUUCCCGCGAUAAAAUACAAACCGUCUGUGGAUUGUGCCUAUACUCAGUUGAUCAGCAAAAUCACAGGUGCCCCCAUCCCUACGAAAGCUCUCUCGGAUGAACCUAACCAGGAAUCAUCCCUGGCAGCCCCGAUCGAUGCCAGCCAAUUAACUUCGCUAAACAGCAAUUACAGCUACUGUACGGAGGAGCCGAGUAUCGAUGUUAAAAAGGUGUCCACCGGAUUAGCUGGGCUUGUGCAGUAUGAUUCGGAUAGCGAUGAUAGUGUAUGCGACGCAACGGAGCAGACAGGGAAAGAAGAGGCGCCAAAAGGCGAUGUUGAGCGGAGGGAAAUCACUUUCGACGGGACGUUACCACCGGAGAUCUUUCAGCAUGUGAUAGAGAAAACCGCUGCUUACGUGGCCAAGAAUGGAUACAGUUUCGAGGAAGCGCUUAGGUCGAAAAAUGAUCCACGCUUUCUGUUUCUACGCAAGGAUCAUGAGUUCUAUCCAUAUUAUGCGUUUAGAGUGCGGUAUUUGAUAGAUCCGUUUGAGGAGGUUCCCCGGAGUCCGGAAACGGUGACUAUUGUGAGGGAAAUUGAGAACGGAACUGUGGUGGAGACACCGAGCAUUGGUAUCAAAACUGUUAAUACGGCACCCGUGCCGAUACCGGUCCCACCGUCGCUAAUCCAGGCAACGAAGCCGGGCGGAGCGGUCUGUUUCUCGAUUAAGAGCAAAGAUGAUGCGAAUGUAACUCUGAAGUCAAACGUUAUGCAGGAGUUGGACGGGGACGAAGAGGAAGCGGAAGCAGUGUUUGUAAAGAAGAAGGAGGAACCUGAUCCACCAGAGCCGAGUAUUGACACUGAACCAUCAAAAGAUGAACCGAAAGAAACGGAGGCACCCGAAGUCGUCCCGACAGAGGAGAACACAGAAGAUGCUCCUCCCCAAGACAAAAAUAUCGUUGAAGAUGAUGUGAAGCAGAGUAGUUCUACUCCGCCCCUGGAAGAACCUAUGACGCAGCAAGUGGUGGAUGAGGAGACGAAAGAUCUCAAACGUUUAGAGGAACGCAUCAAAGACAAGUUGGCUAUAGCUGCCCGUGAAAGACUUGCACUGAUCUCGAAAGAAAAACAGCUGCAGCUGGAGCGGAAAAAGAAGGCUAGCGCAUUUCUUAGCAUGAUCGGUAAAACAGAACCCCGAGAAGAGGAUGAUCCAACCGACAAAGAAGAAACAACAGAUAUUAUCUCUCCAAACAUGACACCUCCAGCGCCGGCUAAAAAUGGUCUCGAGCUGUUGCAAAAUCAAUUUUCCGAUGUGGAUGAGAAAAACGGAGACAGUGAUUCAUCGGAGAUUUCCAUCCAUUCGAUUCCUUCCCAGAGUGACAGUCCGGCCUCUAACCGGGUACCAUCCAGCGCCGAUGAUGAUGUGGUUCUGGUGGAAGAUGACACGACACUGCCUCCCCGGUCGCGAACAAGAACUAGAUCGAGCUCGGGCAGUGCCACGCUUAAGAAGCGGAAACAUAAGCAUAAAAGUAAAAGCAAGGGUAAAAGCAAAUCAAAGAAGAAAAAGUCCAGGAGUAUGAGUCGAAGCCGUAGUCGUAGCAGGAGCAAGACGAAGCACAAGCGGAAACGCAGCCGGAGCAGAUCUCGAUCUAGAUCUCACGAUCUCACCAGAAGCUCACGACGAUCGAGGAGCCGAUCCCGAUCAGAGAGGGAUACGAAAAAGAACAAAAAAAGUAAGAAGAAAAGUCACAAACGGCUUAAAUCUUCCAGAUCUUCCUCCACGACCAGGCACCACAGGAAUAAUCGUAAAGAAAAAUGUUCACGCGAUGGGGAAUAUUAUUAACGACACUAAAUCGCUACUGUGCAAGUUGUAAAUAUGAACGUAAAACUAGGGAACGAAACGAAAACUACACUCCAUGGUGCAUAACAUUCGUUAUGACUCAUAUCAGUAAACAGAUUGAUUUAUCACAGUCCUUCCUUUCUUCCAUCAUUGAGCGUAGAGGAGCAUAGGAGCCUUCAAUCAUUCAUUUUCAUUUUAUAACAGCGGUCGUAGUAGGCGUACCUGAAAUCUUUCGACGGUAAAAAAUUCACGUUGAUCCGUUUUGUUUUGAAAAAGUCAGGUCAGGUACUGAAAUCGUGGAAGUGUAUGACGCGUGAAACCUAUAAUUGUGGUUCGGAUCAGGGUUGUGGAGACACGCUCGAAUUGAUUAGCCCCUCGCACCAAGUAUACACGUACACACAUACCAUCAUAUAUUUUAGGCAGUUAGUUUUUCAGACUGAGAAGUUUCAGUUAGCUUCCAU